CCUCAUCCCUACAAAUACGAAUGGAAGAGGCCGACUAGUAAACAAAACGGAAGUGGGUAUGCAUGGCUGCUGAGAAAGUCGUGCCUUUAGUGAAAAUCGGAUGCGGUGUGCACGGGGUUGACAGAUUUUAAAGCUCAUUACCGGCGAAUAUAAGCUAUGGCAGACCUGGAUGAACUGAAACAGAAGUAUAAAUUCCACGAAGAGACAUUGAGUUACUUCAAACUACGUGCCGAGGCCGGCUUCGGGUCCUACCCGAAUGCACCGUCAAUAGAAGCGGCGAGGGAUAUUAAUUUGCAAGUGACAAAAAAAUUUGCAGGCGAGGUCGAAUUUGAAGGGUCAGUGAAGGAGUUUAUUGUUCCAUCAACUCACGUCAAAGCUGGUAUUCCGGUGACUGUCUACAGGUCCAAGCAGUGCAGUCUUGUUGGAGCUCCAUCCAUAUUCGUGUUUUUCCAUGGAGGCGGUAACGUGGUUGGCUCCAGACAAACAUGCGAUGUCAUCUGCAAAAUUUUCUCAAGAGAUGCUCCAUGUGUUGUUGUCAAUGUGGAAUACCGUCUAGGACCAGAACACCGCUUCCCUGCGAGCAACGAUGAUGCCAAGUGUGUGGUACGCUGGGUGAACUUCAACAAAUCCUUAAUAGGCGCAGUCAAUGAUAGUACUAUAGGGGUCGGAGGUCACAGUGCCGGCGGUAGACUGGCGGCCGUGGUGUCUCAACAACUCAGGACCAUCAUUGAUUACCAGGUUCUAAUUUACCCAAAUGUUGACUACACACAGAAGUACCCAUCUCAAGAGGAAUUCGAAAACUUCCCUGGACUGUCAAAGGAGAUGACUCAAUGGUUUUCCGAAAACUAUAUAGACGAAUCUGAUAAGGAAUCAGUUCUAGCAUCGCCUCUUCUAAAUGAAAAGUUCAACUGCCUGCCACCUGCACUGAUCAUCCUUGCUGAAUUUGAUGUUCUCAAAGAUGCAGGCGUUGCAUACCAUAACAAAUUGAAGAAAGCGGGUAUCCCGUCUCAGACGCACUGUGUUAGAGGGGUAACUCAUGGUUUUUUCCAUCUCCCAGGUCACUUCAAGGAAUGCUGCAAGAGAGCCCAUGAGAAGGUUUACAAGUUCAUCAAAGCCAGCUCAUGAUCUGACAACCAAGCAUACGUCGCCUUGGUUACCGAGAGAUUCUGUGCCAUGGAAUGAAAUUGUGUUCACGAUUCUCUAGCUUACUUUAACAGUGUUUAUAUAAAUGUUAAUUGUGUAUUAAUUUUGCUAGUCAACAUAGGAAGAUUUAAAAAAAAUAUCAAUUUUGUACCAUGUAGUCUAAAAGUCCCAUUAUUAAACAUUUCUGAUGCUUGGUAUUUAUCUGAGGACAAAGUUGUAUCAAUAUGACAAAAAGCUUCAGGAAAGAGUGAUUUUAAAACAUUUCAGUAAAUUGUUUUUAAACCUGAUAUGAAAAAAGAUGCUUGUUUUUCCUCUGGUGGCAAUCACGUUGAAUUCUCAGACAUAUAGUAUGUCUUACAUAACAUAGUAUGUUUGAAUUCAAGAAUUAAAAUAAGAUAUUUUAGAUUCAAAAUAUGGAUGCAUCAAUACAGUCCGUUAUCUAAAUAACACAUUAGACUAAAUUUGAACAUCAGUGUUUUCUCUCUGAUUGAAUGGAAAUUAAAUUGUUGUAUUAUGUUGUUAGAUCAGGUUGAUCAUUUUAAAAGUCCAUAACAUAUUCAAUUUUUGACAUAUGAAAAUUUUAUAAUUAUGAUGAAAUUCAGUAUCAAUGCAAAUUCUACAUGAAAAUUUCUAUAUGAAAACUUUAUAUAUGAGUACAUAAUUGGUUUGUUUGAUUAUUUGUAGGUGCCUUUACAAGUAGGAUAAGGGGUAUAUUAUUUAUUUAGCAGAUUGUGGGGGAACAACUAAUUCAAACUGCUGCAUUUGUUACGGAUUUCUUAAUGAAUUGUGUUUUUAAUGAUUUAAAAAAUAAUGACCAAGAAUUUUACAAAAUACAUAACAUUUUGUGGAACAUUUAUACAGAUAUACAGAUUCCAGAGCAUAAUAUAAGAUUUUCUGAGAGAAAAAAUGUGUCUUUGGAGUUAUAUACAACAAGGGAGGUAAUUCUAUUAAGACAUUUAUACUCAAAUAAAAAAAAUGUACAUAUAAGAUCAUGCGCUAAAUAUAAUUGUUGAAGAAUGAAAACAAAUCUUCAUUGAUCCACUCAAAAUUAAUAAAUCUUGCAAUAUUUAUGAUAUAUACAUUUGUUGGGCUUUGAAAUACACCCAUAUGAAGUAAUAUAAGUCCCUUUAUUUUCACAAGUGAUAGACUUCUCUGCUUUAAUUCACCAGGAGACUCAUUUGCAUAUUUCAAUCUUUCAAAAAUAUGAAUUUCAUCAAUACUUGUUAUCAUUUGUUAAAUUUAAUUGAAGUUUUUGUAAAUAAAACAUGAAGACCUAAUUCUCAGAUUAAAGUACAUAAGAGAAUAAAGUGAUUAAUUUCACAGUUACAAACCAUAACUUUCCCAGAAUAAAUACCAAUUAAAUGAUAAUGGGAGGUACUUUCUUGUAAAACGUAACUUUGGAGUCGAGAAAUAAUCGUUGAACACUUAUGCCAGAAUUUCCAAAUGUUCCAAUAUAUUUGUCAGUUACAGUUUUCCAUUGCUCAAUAUUUGUGCCAUUUUUACUACAAUUUAAAAUUCUCACGUAAUGAAGACUUGAGUCAGUUCUGUGAAUGAAAAAUUACCUGUAAUACGUAUAGUUGUUUGAAUCUACACCCACUGUUACCUUGCAAUAUACAAAAUGUAGAUGACAGAGAAAGGGUAGCUAGCUAGGUAAUUUUAUAGAUUUGGAGGCCACGUUUAGAUAUUUGAGGCUAUGUAAAUGUUUAAAUAGAUAUUUGAAGGCUAUGUAUAGGUAUAUUAUACUAUAUAUAUAUAGGUAUUUGAAGUCUAUAUAUAGAUCCGGUAUAUAUAAGGCUAAGUAUAGGUAAAAAUAGACAUUUGAAGGCAAUGUGCAUGUAUGUAUAUGUGGAGGCUAGAAGUACAUGUAGGUAUAGAUUUGUAAAGCUACAUGUUAGUCAAUGUUGAUCAAUCUGUUUGUCUGUGGUGUUUUAAAUCGUAAAUAUUCACAUGUCUGCUUAAAAUUGUUUUUACAAUUCAUUGCCAAUUACAAUAAUAUUUUUUGCGCCAAAUAUUGAAAGUUUUAAUUAUUUGAUACAUGCUGCUGCUGUAUUAAUGCUUAACAUGAAAUAUUUACAAAUAUUUUUCAUUCGCGUUAUUAAAUUAACAAACUAUUUUCCUAAUUUGCAGCAGAUGCAAUUUUUACAUUACUGGGUAUACUGUAAUAUAAUAAUUUUUUUAAGGGGUGCUUUUAAUACUGUAAACAGGAAUAUUUUUGCCCUUGCUGUAUUUUUGACACUUUCCCCCUUGACCUGUCAAAUUAAUUUAAAACAAUAUGAAACUUAAUAAAAGAUGGAUAUAUGACUUUGUAGUUUAAAAACCAUGAUGAGAGGAUAAAUUCAACUCUUUCUGCAGUUUUUUCAAAUGUUUAGAGGAAUGGAAAUUUGCAAGGGCGUAAACAUCGAUCAAAGUUUGCAAUUUUCUGAUUUGGGUGUUUGAAAGAUCUGUGUAACUCUUCUAUGUGAAGACAAGGAUUGUUACUUUUUGUUCGUUUAUCCACUUUUAAUCAUCAUGUUCUUCUGGUAUAUUGAUUGCAAUAAUGAUUUUCAAUUUGUGCAUUAUGAAUUUUUUUUUGAGAACAUUAAUAUUAAAAGAAAUGAAGAGUAAGUCAUUUGAUUGAUUAAAAUGCUUUGAUGAGAAAAGUUUCCUUGGACCAAUACGAUAAGAUUGACAUAACUAUGAAAACAGUUUGAACUUUGAGAAAUGUUGGACCAAUGAUUUUCUUUAAGAUGUCAUCAGAGUUGUUCCCCUUUAUUCCUCUCUACUGUAAUCCCAUAAUAUCUGUCUCAGUUGUCUCCCUUAGUACAUCUCUCCAAGUUGUCUCAGUAAAUAUAAGUAUACCAUACACGUUGUCUCUCUUACUUAAGGGUUAAUUGUGAAGCACAUUAUUUUGUGUCUCUGAAAUUAAAAGAAAACAUUUUGAACUUUUGCCUACACUUUCUCCUGAAUGUCAGAUAGAUCUGUAUUGAGUGUCUAGUAUGCCAAAUCAUUAUUUGUAUAAGUUUUAUCCUUAUAUUGUUUACCUAAAGAUAUACAGUGUUAUAUGUCUUCCGGGCCGAAACAUGAUAACCCCACUGAGUCUAUCGUCUAUUAAAACCUCUUUAUACUGCCCUCAAAGUGUUGGCAUUUUAAAGGGGUUUGACAGUAUGACAAAGGAGAUAAUUGUUUUGUUAAAAAAAAGGACCCAGAAUAACAAAAGAAAGAAUGAAAAGAGUGAGAUGGCAAAAUAAGGAGGGACAUUAUAUUGGGUUUUGACAAUAUAAUGAAUGUAGAGCAUAAUUAUACAAUGGUCAAUCACUCUCAUCAGUAUUAGUUCACCCUAUGAAAAUUUAGUCCUCUUUUAAUUGAAAAUAAUUUUUCCCACUGGUGAUUUCAACCUCCCUUUGUUUCAACUCAUUCAUCCCUGAAAUUUCAUGGUGAGCUCUUCCAACCCUUGAAUUAGAAGAGUUCACAUGUGUCUUCAGGGGUGAAUGAGUUAAAAUGCAUGCUGUUAUCAUACUAUUUGCCUACUGUGAUAUUCACCCUAUUUUCAAAAGUGAACAAAUUUAAACAGAGGCAAAAUUCACUGCUUUUCAGCAGCAAUUUUAUCAGUUUUAACUUUCUAAGGCACAUCAGUAAACACUUGGUUGUCGCUAAUAGACCACACUUUUUCAGCUUAGCGAAGAUAUUUGAUAAAAUAUAACAUUUGAGGUCUUUCUUGAGCGGUGCUUAAUGCCAUUACUCUUGUCAAUAUUUCUCAUGGACAGUCAAAAUUAAUCAUGUACUCCUACCAUUAAUUUUUCGACACCAUGCUUAGCUUGACUUAAACUUGCCAGUUGUUUAAUAUAUGAUGAGCUCAAUAGUUUAAAACUAAUUAAAAA